AUGGUGCUGAUGCAACAUCAUGUCUGCCUCCUGCUCUGCCCCCAAAGCUCCCAGGAAGCUACUGCAGAUCUUGAACACCGGACUUUGCCAUGCUGCCAGAAGGAAGGCACAGCUAAAGAGCUAGAUUCACCCCUUGGCUCUUCGGGCAGCAUCUCCUUGUCUAACUGCUUCCCCGUGGAAGAGAGACAGCUUCCUGAGGCCAAGGGCGGGAGGCCCAGCUGCAAGAACGCUUCCAGGCUCUCCUCCCCAAACUGUGCCCAAGAAACAGCCGUUGAAGAGAAGCCCCUCCAAGGCCUGCUGAAGUGCCUCAAGGACCUGAUUGUCCACCAGCCCCUUCCUUCCCACCAAGCAUCUCGCACGGUUUCCACGGGCGGGCGCCAGGAGGCCCCAGAGCGCAAGAGGAGGGAGGUGGGGAGUGGACCACCUCCCAUCCAAGUUAAAACCGAAACACCUGAAAAGGAGCCCCCUGCGUGGGAAGGAUCCAGCCCUCUUGUGACGCCCGCCAGCGGCAUUUCCAACGUCCAGACCGGAGGGGGCAGGAGAGCAGGAACCCCAGAGAGGGAGAAAGGCUGCCCACUUGCCACGGUUAAAACGGAGCGGGUGGCUGCAAGCUCUCCCCCCCGACCCCUGGACGGACGGGGCCAUGCCUUCGGUGCGCACAGAGCUGCAGAAAAGGAGAGGACGGCCAAGGAGACCGAGGCCCCCUGUGUGAAAAUUAAGACUGAAGACGACCCCCCCUUGGAGGUUCUGAGGGGCUGCCUGAAGGAGGCCCCGGAGGAGGAGGAGAGAGACCAGCCGGCCCCUCUGCGGAAUCAUCCCGGCGCCUCCCACAGCAGCAGCAGCAGCAGGAGGGAGCGGGGACUCUGGGUGCCCUAUGCGGGGGGGUCUGUGGGUGGUCCCUCGGCCAGCUGCCUCGAGCCGCCCUUCCUUGUUUCCGAAGCAGACUGGAGCCCAGCCACCAGCCCUCUCCACGGCCUCCUGAACUGCUUGAGGGAAAUCCCCAUCCCCGGUCCGGAGCGGGCCAAGACGCUGGCCGGCAAAACAGGAGGAGGAGGAGGAAAAGAGAGAAGAAAAGGCGGAAGAAGAGGACCGCUGGACCUGUGUGGUGACCGGACAACGCCAGAGAACCUGUGUGAAGUCUCUUCCUGCAGCCGAACGCCUCCAGCGUCCACUGUCAGUGGACUUGGUCCCCCCGCACGAGGCCCCGAGAGGCACUCGAAGGAACUGCCUCUGAGCAUGUGCAGCCAGCCGGCUUCCCCAGCCAUCAGCUCUUCCAUCAGCAGCUCCCCGGACAGACUCACCAGAUGGACUCCGGAGCCAAGAAAAUGGGCACGGAAGGAGGAAGGACUCGGCCGGAAUGGGCCCCCCUUGCAAGGCCUGGAGAGGUGCUUGCGGGAUCUCCCCCUGAACGCACGCAGCCAGCCCCCUUCGCCGGCCACCAGCUCCUCCCUCAGCGGCUCCUCAGACAGGCCCCACCGGUGGACACCGGAGUCAGGGAACUGGGGCAGGAAGGAGGAAGGACUCAGCCGGAGUGGGCCCCCCUCGAAAGGCCUGGAGAGGCGCUGCUUGAAGGACUUCCCCCCACACAUGCGCAGCCAGCCCCCUUCGCCGGCACUCAGCUCCUCCUUCAGCGGCUCCUCAGAAGGGCUCCACCGCUGGACACCGGAGGCAGGGAAGUGGGCCAGGAAGGAGGAAGGAGCAAGCCCCCCUGGGAUCCCUCCCCUUCAAGGCCUGGAGAACUGCUUGAAAGAAAUCCCCGUGGGUGGGAAUUCACUGCCAAAUUGCUUCACAGCAACCGGCUUCUUCUGUACCCAGAAGCUGAGGAGAGGAGAUGCCGAAUCCCGGCGGCCGUGGGCAGGAGGUGGUCCCAAAGACAGCCUGCCACGGUGUCCCACGAACACCUCUGGUUGCGUGGAAGCCAACGUGGAAAGUUCUCCUCUGCACAGACUGAUGAGCUGCCUGAAGGAGGUCCCCAUCCGACGGCCGAGUUACCUCAACACGCCAAGCAUUUCCUCUGCCUCCUCCAGCUGCAGUGAAUCGGAGAGGGACCGGCAGAGCCCGGAGAGCGGGGCGUGGUGGGACAGCAGCCAGGCCCCAGCAGGCGGCAUCCUCGUCCACAGCCCCCAGAACUCCCCAAAGGUCAUGGCUGCCGGGGGCUCCGACCCAUCCGCCCCGGACUCCUCUGAUGGCACAUUGGACAGAGAGGCCGAGCAGAACCGUCUGGACAGCCGGCGCCAGCAUCCCCCGGCUGAUGCUAAAAGGAAAGGCACUGCCAGCAGCGCCCGCCUCCAAGGCUUGGCAGAUUACCUGGCAGAGAUGCCCGCCAGCCCGUGCCAUCGUUCCCAGACACCGGCCGGCGACUCCCAGGGCAGCUCCGAGCACCGGGAGCAGGGCGGACCCAAAAGCACAGCCUCCGUGGAAGAAGACGAAGGGCGCUUGGCGGAGAGCAGUCCCCUCCAAGGCCUCCUCCAGUGCCUCAAGGAGAUCACGGCCAGGGGCCCCGAUCCACGCAGUUCGUCGGCUAGCAACGCCGGUGGAGAGACGAGACGCUUGCCAGCCGAGGAGGACAGUGGCCACAGGAGACCGGCAUCCCGAGAAAGACUGGUCUCAACAAGCGCCCCACUCUGUGCCGCGGGGAGAUGCACGGGAGUGUCGGGAAAUGGAAGUGUGUGCGUGUCGAAUGGGAGAUCCCCGUCCCACAGUGCUCAGAGACAAAGCGGUUCCAGAUCCCCCAAGAGUGGGAUGAAGAGAUCACUUCUGACAGCUCAGGAUGGUGACCCCCAAGUUCCAGGCGCUCCGUCCUGCACCUUCAGCUCCGGAGCCAGUGCUGAGUCAGGAGACCCUCCCAAGAAGAGAUGUCCCAGCCUAGACCAGCCUCCGCCUCUCUGUCGCUGGGGGAAAGCGGAUGCCCGGGAGGGUCAGGCAGAGGACGGGGACCUGGGGCCUGUGUUGUCUCAAAAGCUCGACCGCCUGUCGGAGGACAUGAGCGCCGUUUGCAGAGACGUCUCCCGGAUGCAGAGUCACAUGGACAGGCUGGAGCAGGACGCCCGGGGCUGGGUCCUCGAGCUGGCCGCUCUCCGCAUGGAGAACCGGUGCCUGAGUGAGUACGUGCGGCGGAUGGAGAGCCGCUGCCGCACCCUGGAGGGCCGCUCCCGCCGCAACAACCUGCGCCUCUUGGGCUUGCCGGAGGGCGUCGAAGGCAGCGAUGCCGUGUCCUUCCUGCAGAAGACACUUCCUGCCAUGCUGGGCUGGCAGCCGGAUGCCCCACCCCUCGAGAUCGAGAGCGCUCGCCGGGUGCAAGGGGGGGUGUCUUGGGAGGCCAACGGGAGGCCCCCCCGUGCCCUGGUGUUCCGCCUGCUGCGCUUUGCGGACAAGGCCACCCUUCUGCAGGCCGCGCGUACACGACCUCUCAGUUACGCCGGCACGCAGGUCACCAUCUUGCCGGACCUCUGCUCUUGGCCCUCUCCGCGCAGGAGGGUCCCUUUGGGGGCAUUCCGGAGAACCAGAUGGGCAGCGGACCUCUGCUUUGCCGCCAGGCAUUCCUCCUCCUGUUACACCUGGGCCCAAGGACUUCGGGAGCCUCCGGCCGGCUCUGGGCCCCUCUCCGGGGAGAGAGAGGGCAGGGUUUCUAAAAGGACGGGGACGGGCGGCUGGAACAUGGGUCCAUCGGCAGGCGCCGCGCGUCACAGCAUGUGUCAUUCCACAGGUAGCCCCGAGUAA